AUGUCUCAGCUCCAGCUUUUCCCAUCCGUCGACGAGUCCGACUUCUCUCCGGAUCCCGCGCCGCCAACUGCCGGCCCCAGGACCACUCCUCCUCUACCCGACAUCACACCUGAAUCCCAGGCUUCUUCGCGUGGCCGCCGGCCAGCACAAUCAGCCUCCCGCUCACCUAGACGCCGACGCCUACCAUCGCCUCCACCUGAGAGAAUCCCAGUUCUCUCUCCGGCGUCCUCCUAUCGUUCUGCCGUGCCAACAAUUCCACCUAUUGGGAAGUGGACAGUUUUGAGUUUGAGGCAAGCGCUGAUUAAUUCUGAUGUGCAACCGUCACGCAGAAUGAACAAGGCAGAUUUAUACAAGCUGUAUGUCACCUUGCAAUCAGCCAACCUCUCACCUAAGUCCACUCCAGCCUCCAAGGCAUCCAACAGGCAAACUAAAUCCCGUGAUGCCCAGAAAUCGCCUCAUCCAACUCCACCAUCUCCCUCCCGCACAAGGUCCGGCGCUCUGCGUGUGUCGGGUCAUGGUGCCGGGCCUUCAGCGAGCCUGGGCCGCGUCCCAGAUUCCGCAGCAUCAAGGCAUUGUGCACCUCCCUCUUCGGAGCAGCUUUUCACCACGGCUCUUCCCGCCGCAGUACACGCAGCCGGGCCCGCCGGCCCUCUUUCAGCCUUGCAGUUUUGUCCUCCUACUGUUUCUAACCCCUUUCCUUUGCAGUGGCCUUUAGCUCCCGUAGUUGAUGCCAGUGUGAGAUUGCCUCUGUUAACGGCUCAAGCAUCCCAUCACCUUCCUGUGAUUGCCGCAAACCCCUCCCUUUUUCAGUGGCCUGCAGCUCCAGCAGCACAAGCAAGCGUGAGGCUGCCUCCGCUUGCAUCACAGGCCUACACAUCUCAGUCUUUCCCUCAAUUUCCCUCUUUUUCUUCUCUCCAAUUUCCUCCUCAAGCCCCACAGGCCGACUCAAGCGUGAGGCUGCCUCCGCCAACAGUCGCAGCCCCGGCUUCUCUCCCCUACAAUCUUCUUCUACAUUCCAAAUCACAAUAUUCUCUGUUCACAGCAACUCCGAUGCCCGUCCCAGCAAAUGCAGUCGCCGCGGAACCACCUCCAGUGGCCCACAACAUCCGAGCACAGAUCUUGGCAGGUGCGGACAUAGAUCUGGCUAACCUUCUUUCUCAGCUUCCAGUAGGUGACUCUAACCGCCAGAUAGACUGCGGGGAUUUUUCUGUCAUGUUAAAAAACCAAAACAUUCAUACAUCACGUUUACUUUCUUUUUCCAAAUUUGCUAUUGCUUUCAGCCGUUUCACAGAAAUUAUUUGUUCAGCAUUCCCCCAUAGGCGAUGCGAACUGAAUGACUACCUAUCGCUCAUGGCUGAGCUCGCGUUGUCCUAUGGGGGAGGACAUUUCUACACCUACCACAAGCUCUUCUCUGCUAAAUGUGCAGUCAGGGUCGCCCAGUGGAACCAGUGCCCUUACUGGGGUGCACUCGACCCUGACCUGCACAGCAGAGUUUUCCUCGGCUGCAGGAAUGUUUCAUGCGCUGUUUGCAGGUCAGUAGCUCAUUCUACCGUCGCAUGCCCACAGAUUAACCCUUCCAUUCCACAUUGCCCAGACACAGCCUCCGUCAAAUCCACCAGCUAUGUUCCAAGACCAGCAACCAUCAACCCAUACAACUCCGACUUCAGACGCAGAACAUCAUCUUCAGAUAACAGACAGCCCUGCAAUAACUUUAAUAUUGGCAUAUGCACCAGACAAAGAUGUCGGUAUUUGCACAUCUGCAAUUUUUGUGGCGGUGCUCAUGCCCGUCCUGUAUGUCCCGUGUCUAAAGCGGAUAAUAAAAAACCAAAAAAUUACUUAUCGACUCCUGUGAAUAUUUCUCGCCUAUCUUUUGAACUUGCGAACCACCCGGACGCCGAAUUCACUGAUUAUCUGCUAUCUGGUCUCAAACAUGGUUUUAAUCCUGCCGUGGAAAGCACGCUUUCCCAAAACAUCAUCUGUAAUAAUCUCCAAUCUGCUCUCGCUGAGCCUGACACUGUAAACAACCUGAUUAGAAAAGAAGUCGAGUCAGGUUUCAUGAUCGGCCCUUUUGACAACCCUCCAUUCAACAUUUUUCGCAUCAGCCCUAUUGGAGUGGCUACGAGAAAAUUUUCAGGUAAGAAACGCCUCAUAAUCGAUCUCUCAGCUCCACAUAAUUCCCUGUUCCCAAGCAUAAAUAGCUUGAUUCCACUCGACGAGUUCUCUCUCAAAUACCAUGAUAUAGAUCAUGCAAUCGAAAUGAUAAAAAUCAUAGGUCGGGGCGCUUGGCUCGCAAAAAUCGACAUCACGUCUGCUUUUAAAGUGAUGCCCAUUCAUCCGGAUUCAUGGCACUUAUUCGGGGUGCGCUGGCACGAGAAAUUCUAUUUCGCUGUUCGCUUAACGUUUGGAUGCAAAAGCAGCCCCAAAAUUUUCGACAUGUUAUCAGAAGCGGUCUGCUGGAUUCUGUCAAACAAUUAUGCAAUUCCUCACCUCAUUCACCUGCUAGACGAUUUUUUAAUCAUUUCGCCCCCAAACGCCAUUCCAGCGGCCCAUAUCCUUACGGUUCAAAACGUUUUUUCUGAGCUCGGAAUUCCCAUCACCCAGGAAAAAACGAUGGGUCCCGCCACAUCCAUCGAAUUCCUUGGAAUUAAUUUGGAUUCAGUCAAAUACCAAGCUUCCCUGCCCAAGGAAAAAAUCGAUAGGAUAAUCCUCGUCUCUUCUACCCUUCUAGACAGUUCAAAUUGUUCAAAACGCAAACUCCUGUCCCUGCUCGGCCACUUAAACUUCGCCAUGCGCAUCAUCCCACAAGGCCGCCCGUUCAUCACGCAUCUCCUCUCACUCGCCUCCUCGGUUCACGCGCUAGAGGACUUGAUUUCCUUAACACAGGCAUGCCGCGAUGAAAUCAGGUUAUGGAUAACAUUUCUUAAACAGUGGAAUGGCCUAUCUUUUUUCUAUAAUAAUCUCGUCUCUUCCCCUGUGGAUAUCCAGCUGUUCACAGAUGCAGCCCCCUCAAUAGGCUUUGGAGGUUUUUACCAAGGACGCUGGUUCGCGUCACCAUGGCCCCCUCAAUUUCAGGACAUACCACAGUCCUCAGCGCUAUUUGAGCUCUAUCCUCUCGUAGUAGCAGCCUUCCUGUGGGGGAAAGAAUGGACGGCUAACAGUAUUUUAGUGCAUUGUGACAACGAAGCAACAGUCCAGUGCAUUAAUAAAGGCCGUUCCAAUUCACUCGCUUUGAUGCCUUUUUUAAGACGUCUAAUCUGGAUUUCAGCAUGCGACCAAUUUAUCAUAAUUGCUAAACAUGUCCCCGGAUCAGAAAACAAAAUCGCUGACUCUCUGUCUCGCUUUCUGUUUCAGAUAUUCAGGAUGCUGGCUCCAGAGGCAGACCAAUUUCCAAAUCCAGUACCUCACUUUUCAGAACUCAUAUUCCCGUAACCCAUCCGCUAAAACCCCUCCUUGACGCGUCGCUCGACACAAUCCUCCAAGCAGUCUCCCCGAGGACACUGCAAUCCUACGUGACAGCUUGGAGAUGUUUUAAAGCAUUCCACUUGUCAUAUAACACGCCGUUUCCCGAUUUCUCUCUCCUCUUAAUCACCUCUUUCAUCUCAUAUCUCAACAGCGUCAAAGGGUUCCAAGUCGGGUCAGUAAUUUAUUAUAAAACCAUAUAUUGUGAGCACUAUAGAUUCCUCUUAAAACUUAAAGGAGUUUGCAAAUUAAUUCCAUCUUGGUUUAUUACAUAUGAAAAUUAAAUGGUGAAAUAUUAACUCUACAUGAAGGUCAGUAAAAGGUAUCUCUAGCUUCCUGAUAACAACAAACACUCUUACUACUGAUUUUAUAAAACUUGUAUUAAAUUAUACAUUUUUUAAAACAAAUCACAAAGUUAUCUCUUGUUUAACAAAACUGAUUUAAAAUAAUUCCAGUCUUCACCUACACCCACAUGCUGCUCCAUCAACUCCUGACAGUCUCCAUAUGUAGGCCUACCUCUGGCCACUUCUUCAUAUCAUCUACCCACGUUAACAAUGAUGAUGGAUGGGACAAUAUGAGACCAUCUGAUCGAAGUAUAAAGUUUUUCCGUGCUCCCAAUUUAAAACAUUUAUGGCACUAACGCUAUUUGUCAUUUUGCUAAAGUUAAAUCUAUAUAUCAUGAGGUUGCGUUAGACUGUAACUUUGUCCGUCAUUUUGACUGACAGGGUCGUAA